GCCACUACCACAGGCGCAUACCCCUCCUAUGCCAGGUGUGUGCUGCUGGGAGUGGGGGAUUGGAUGAGUCAGUCACCCUCUCCCCACUUCUGUUAAUUGAGGUUGGUUUCUCCAACUUGGGGACACAACAAGCCGCACUGCCAAGCUGCCUCCCCCACCCCCUUUCUCCUCCCUCACAGGCUCCUGCUAGGUAAGGUUCCUCCUUCCUUCUCCAGCUGCUGAAUGACUUGCAGGGAAGCCAGAAGGGAAGGUUCUGCCCCUGUCUGCAGAGACUCUUCCAAGCUUUCAGGGCUGACACAUGGGAAGUGCUAGCAAUAGCCUGCAAGCAAGCCCCUGCUCCCUCGCGUAAUCUCUCUGUUGGAUCCAAGCUUGGAACUUACUGGAGCCUGAGCCUCUGAAGUGUCUUCUCCUCCCCAGAUGGGAGCACCUUGCCUUGAGCCACCUUCCCAUGUAGGAGGAUGCAGCUACCAGGCUGCAGGAGGGAUGCAACCCAGUGAAUAAACUGAGGAAAGCAGCAAGUUUCUAUUUUGGGGAAGGGUGGGGUGGGGAGGAAAGGGGAAAUGGAUGAAACAAACUUGGAUGCUAUGAAGGUUCUUGAAGCACAGCAAGGAUCCUGGUAAAGAUUAAAAAAAGAAAGGAAGGAAGAAGACGGAUGCGCUGCUCCAGCCAUCUCCAUGCACUCUAUCAAUUUUUGUUCCAGGCACUUUAUGAUCACAUGUGGUCUUAAAGGUGCAAGAAGUGGGGUUGUUUUUUUCUGGCAUCUCCUUUCCUGCUGUUACUGGGGGCUUCAGACUAAAAAGGAGGGGACACCGCUCCUUAGCUUCACCCCCAGGAAUGUGCCAGUUUUAAGAGAUCUUUGCAGCUUUGGGAGAGUUUGAGAGCACUCAGCUCAGAGCUGAUUUAGUUCAUUUUAUGUAUUUAUCUCUUUUUUUUUUCUUCUGGCAAGCGACAUGCAGCAGUACGUCAGCCUCCAAAACCUUUCCAUAUGUUUCCAGCUCUUAAUGCUCUCCUGUCAAACCCAGGGGGAGAAUCAACCGUCUCCUAAUUUUAACCAGUACGUGAGGGACCAGGGCGCCAUGACAGACCAGCUGAGCCGAAGGCAGAUCAGGGAGUACCAGCUCUACAGCCGGACCAGUGGCAAGCAUGUCCAGGUGAACGGCAAAAGGAUCACCGCCACGGCAGAGGAUGGCAACAAAUUCGCAAAGCUGAUCGUGGAGACAGACACCUUUGGGAGCCGUGUGCGCAUCAAAGGAGCCGAGAGCGAGAAAUACAUCUGCAUGAGCAAGAGGGGGAAGCUCAUUGGAAAACCCAAUGGCAAGAGCAAAGACUGCAUCUUCACUGAGAUCGUUCUGGAGAACAACUACACAGCCUUCCAGAAUGCCCGCCAUGAGGGCUGGUACAUGGCCUUCACGCGCAAGGGCCGCCCUCGGAAAGCCACCAAGAGCCGCCAGAACCAGCGGGAGGCACACUUCAUCAAGCGCCUCUACCGCGGCCAGCUGCCCUUCCCCAACAACGCCGAGCGGCAGAAGCAGUUUGAGUUUGUGGGGUCCUCCUCCCCGACGCGCCGGACGAAGCGCACCCGCACCCCGCGGCCCCGCACGUAGGGCCCUGUGUUUUGGAUAGUGCCACUCACCCCUGCUGUGCGGAGGGCCGGGCCAUCUGCCCGCCCCACACACAGACCCAGGCUGCUGCCCCAUGCUGUAUGUAGGGCCGGGCCAUCUGCCUCCCGCACACAGAUCCACUCUGCUCCCCCAUUCCAUACCUAGGUCUGUGUGUCACUUGCAUGCCCGGUGCCCACCACUACGCCAUGCUGCACGUUGCUGUGCGUCCUGCCCUCCAAACACACCCAUACCCACGCACACCCAUUGCCGCAGCUGUACAUAGGACUGUGCCCCCCAGCACCCUGCCACUCCCCAUAUUUUUUUUUACAAAGAUGCUCUAUUUUUAUACUUUGAUUCUCUUAGGCACAAAGAAAUAUUGACUCAAGGAGCAAGGAUCAGGUUUGGGGGGUUAUUUUUUGUAUAUAGAUGUAACCCCAGGCAGGAUUUCCCUUUGUUCUAGAGCACCCCUGUAACGACCCCCAAGAUUCAAACACCCAUUGCUUUGCCUGCCCUUCUGUACAGCGACCCCUGCUGGGAGGGAAGCAGACAGCAACUGGUUUUGGAGACUUCUCCUUCUGACCCCGUUCUCAGCAUCAAAGGUGCUAACUCCACCCUGACAGCCAAGUUCCUGUGGGACCAAUCCUGGCAGCUGGUUGGGAUUUUUUAUUCCGCUACACGGGCUAAACUCAAAACUUCUGACUGGUGCGAUCUUUUAGACUGUGGGACAGUCUCCCCAUGUGGACGCAGUGGAACAAGACUGUCAACUGGACUGUAGGGAAGAAUCCUGCCUUGGGAUAGGGAUGAACUAGCAGGACUUUUUUCUCCAGUGUGCAUGGAUGUAUCUAGCGAACAGACAGCUGAUAUGCAGGAGACUGUCUGCAAGGGUCCCAGGGCCAACAAAUCUAAGUGACUUGGAAGCCUGUAGAGCAGCAGAAGGGUUCAGAUCAUUCUGCCUUCCCAGAGGGGAGGUAGAUGUCUGUCUAUGGUACUUAGCUGGCCCCAUUACUGUAGCCCCUCACAAUCUGUAAUAUAUUUAUCCUCGCAACACUCCUGGAAAUCAAGACAGUGCUAUUAUCCCCUUUGUACAGAGGGGGAACGGAGACACAGAGAGACUAAGGCCUGGUCUAUAAGUAAAAUUUAGAUCGACCCAUCUACGUCACUCAGGGGGAUGAAAAUAUUUGCACCCCUGAGCACUGUAGUUAAGCCAAUCUAGCCCCCAGUGUAGAUGUGGCUAAGUCGGUGGAAGAAUUCUCCAUCAUCCUAGGAGGUAGAUUAUCUCGAUGGAGGGGGAAAAAAGCACCCAGUAACUGCUGUAUAGGCAUGCUCACAAUGACUUGCCUAAGGUCACACAGGAAAGUUGGAGAAAGACCAGGGAAUUGAGCCUAGGUCUUUAGAGUACUGACUUAGCACUCUAACCACUGGGCCAUCUUUCCCCUCCUGGUUGGUUAUUAGCCAGAGGGAAGAGGGUUCUGGGACUGAGCGGUGGGCAUUCCAGCAUGGAAAAGGUUGAGCACCACAGUUGCAGAGGCAAGAUCCCAGCACUUGUUUUCAGCUUGUCACAAGCCUCUUUAUUUUAUUUAUUUUAUUGUAGGGUUUUGACUUCCCUUCUUCCCUCAGUCAGGGGCUUUCCUUUUGCUUCGAGAGACCAAAUUCCCAACCACACACCUACUUUGGAAGAGAAAUAAAAUGAGGACACCCCGUUUGACUAGCCAGAGAGCAACCUGGCCUAGUGUCUAUGAUUCCCUACCAGGUAAAGAGAAACCACUUUUAGGGUUUUUUUUAAUACAUUCCAAUAUUUCCUUAAAGAGUCGACUGUUGUCGCUUUAGGCCUAAACAUUUAGACUUUGGGGGUUUUUUUUGUUUUUUUUAAACCUGAAAUGAAUAAAAAUUAAUGUCUUGGGUGUUUUUUUUAUUUCAAGCACAGCAUGUUUGGGGGGCUUGUCUGUAUGUUUCUUUUGAGAUGUAAGUGUUGUUCUGCUGUACUGGAUACCCAAAUGCAGCAGCAGCAGCAGAGGGCCGGUCUAGCUGCACUUCCCAAGUUGAGCAAAGUACAAAGAGUUAAAUAAACUGCACAUGUGGCAAAAA